UCGCGCUCCUCCUCCUCCACACGGGCAACGAAGAUGGCGCAGGACGGUACGGUGCCCAACGAUCUCUUCCAGCAUGUGUACUCGUUUCUCGUGGAAAAUAAGUUCGCCAAAGCCGCGAAAGAGUUUUUAAAGAAGGCUAAAGUGAAACCUCAAGAUCAAAAUGAGGACAGUCUCUUGGACAUCUUCAAUUUUUGGGUGAAGUCCCCAGAAACCAAAAAGCGUAAAGCAGUCACCAGUGGCCCUUCGGCGGUCAACGGCCCAUCAGCCAAGAAAGCAAAGAGAGAUGCGGUGAGUUCAAGUAGUGAGGACUCCAGCAGUGAGGAAGCUGCAGCACCUGCCAAGAAAGUCGUACAAGCGAAAACUCCUGCUCCAAAGAAGCCAGCAGCUGUAGUUGCUAAAAAGAGCAGCAGCUCUGAAGACUCCAGCGACUCGGAGGCCGAAGCUCAGGCUAAAACAGCAGCAAAGAAGCCUGCAGCUGUGAAACCUGCAGCAGCAGCCAGGAAGAAAGACACCAGUUCCAGCAGCGAGGAGUCCGACUCUGACGAGGAGCCGGCCAAAACUCCAGCUAGAGGAGCAAAGGCCAAGCCUGUGGCAGGGACCCCCAAACCAGCGUCCACUCCAGUGUCUGCAGCUCAGAAGAAACAGGACAGGAGCAGCAGCGAGGACAGCUCUAGUGAAUCUGAGGAUGAGGCUCCAGUUAAGACAGCAGUAAAACCACCAGUCCCAGUGAAGACCCCUCCAGCUAAACAUGCGGCCCCUGCAGAGUCCAGCAGUGAGGAGUCAUCCUCCGAUGAGGAUGAUGCCCCUCCUACUAAGAAACCAAAGACUGGACAAUUCAAUGCCGUUUCACCCCCGGGAACACUGACAGCUCGUGCUCCAGUCAAAGCUCCUGCAGCUCCAGUUAAGACGGUGACUCCCAAAGCUACUGCUAAGAAGGACUCAUCCAGUUCUGACAGCUCUGAUUCAAGUUCAGAGGAUAAAGCAAAGAAACCAGCUGCUAAAACUGCUCCAGCUAAAGCAGCCCCAGCUAAGAAAGCACCUAAAAAAGUCGCUCCUGCUCAGAAAAAGGACUCUUCAAGUUCCGAUUCUUCAAGCUCAGAGGACGAAGCAGCAAAGCCU